GUUUCACUGGGGGAGAAGAAGUGAAAUCAACAGGAACUUGAUUCAUCCUCGGACUCUCUUCUGUUGGAGACCAAGUAUAAGAAAUCCAGACAAAAAAAGAGGAUGACAAAUGCUACGACGCCGCCGAAGCUGGCAAAGAAGAGGAAGACAACUGCUACGACGAAGAAGAAGAAGCCGCCGUCCCCAGCAAAGAAGAGGAAGACAACCGCUACUACGACUCCGCAGCAAUCAAGCCCGAUUCUGUCACUUCCCUAUGAUUUGCUAUUCAACUGCCUAGCCCGGGUCUCAAGGUUGUACUAUCCCACUCUCUCCCUCGUCUCCAAGAGCUUUCGAUCUCUCCUUGCUUCACCCGAGCUUUACAGGGCCCGCUCACUCUUGGGCCGCACCGAGAGUUGUCUCUAUGUGUGCAUCCAGGGCUUUCCUGAUUGUCGCUGGUUCACCCUCUGUCGGAAACCUCAUGGGCUGCUAACCAGUGGUUAUACCUGUACUAGGGCAACGUCAAGUGGGUAUGUUUUGGCUGCAGUCCCAAGUCCCCAAGACCCGGAUAAACGAGACCCAGUUUUUCCAGGUCUCGUGGUGAUUGGUUCUAAUAUCUACAACAUUGCCCCACGUAGCCCCUUAACCCAUAACUUCUCCCAUACCAUCUCCAUACUGGAUUGCUGUUCUCACACAUGGCACGAUGCUCCUUGCUUGCAAAUGAAGAUGACGACAUUUUCUGCUAGCGUACUUGAUCAAAAGAUAUAUGUAGCAGGAUGCUGUAAGGAUGGCUAUUCGAAUUCCUAUAAGAACUUGAUGGAGGUGUUCGACACAAAGACACAGACUUGGGAUCCUAAGCCAAUCCCUUGCAGCGAGACAUUUGGCGGCCUUUUCUGCAACACUGCAUGUCUUGACGGAAAGUUCCACGUAAUGCGUGACGACGAUGUGGUUGCUUACAAUUCCAAGGAAGGUAGAUGGGACAGAGUUGAAAAACAGAUUGGUAGGUAUAUUUAUUCAAAAUCUUACUGCGAGAUACAUAAUGUUUUGUACUCUUGCGAUCACGGAAAUAUCGUUUGGUAUGACACUGAGGCAAGAGAUUGGAGAGAGUUGAAGGGUUUGGUAGGACUACCUGAGUUCCCUUCUGAUAAAAAAGGGAUAAGAUUGGCUGAUUAUGGUGGAAAGAUGGCGGUUUUGUGGCUCGAGGAGUGGCCUUUUAAUUUUUACGGCCUUACGAAGAUGAUUUGGUGUGCAGAGAUUACGCUUGAAAAGCGCAAAAGUGGUGAAAUUUGGGGGAAAGUUGAGUGGUUUGAUCAUUUGCUUACUAUCCCUACAUGUGAGAUACUCAAGGUUCUUGCUGCCACUGUUUGAUGAAUGCGUCACAUGUGUGUUGUGUUCUUUUUGGUAAUAUAUAAUUUGUAUUUGGAAUGCGUGUGUGUUCCUUUUGGAUCGAAGCUCGGGAAGAGCUUAACUCUUUAGAUGGAACUGAAUAAGUAUAAGAGGUCACUGACUGAAUAAUCUGUGUUACUAGAAUAAUAGGAUGGCUUCUGAGUCAACAUUUGUUGUAAUCCUCUCUGUUUCUCUGAAUUGUUGUUGCAAUUGCUAUUGUUUUGUAUUAAUUGUCAUCAGUAUUUCUUGUAAUUUUUUUUUGUUUCUA